AAGAAGAAGAAGAGGAAGAGGGGGGGGAAAGAGAGAGAGAGAGAGAGAGACCCUCCUCAAUCCAUCAGUACCACCAGUACUGUCAGGAAUAGUGGUUUAAGAGGAAGAAAAGGCCUGGGGGCAAUUGGCUCCACUGUCAACGAGUUCCCUGCAUCGGAGAUAAAAAGAUUCCAGCUACAUGGGCAAACGCCUGGAACAGCAACCAAUGUACCCCCAGUACACUUACUACUACCCUCAUUAUCUCCAAACCAAGCAUUCCUAUGCACCAGCUCCACAUUCCAUGGCUCCUCCUAGCCCCAGCACCAACAGUAGCAACAACAACAGCAACAACAGCAGUGGUGAACAGUUGAGUAAAACCAACCUGUACAUCCGAGGCCUUCCACCCGGCACCACUGACCAGGACCUUAUCAAGUUGUGCCAACCGUACGGAAAAAUUGUAUCCACGAAAGCAAUUCUAGACAAAAAUACAAAUCAGUGCAAAGGUUAUGGUUUUGUAGAUUUUGACAGUCCAGCAGCAGCACAGAAAGCUGUAGCAUCUCUUAAAGCAAAUGGAGUUCAAGCCCAGAUGGCAAAGCAACAAGAACAAGAUCCCACAAAUCUUUACAUCUCAAACUUGCCCAUUUCCAUGGAUGAGCAGGAGCUGGAGAAUAUGCUGAAACCCUUUGGACAUGUCAUCUCCACCAGAAUAUUAAGAGAUGCUAAUGGCGUCAGUAGAGGAGUCGGCUUUGCCAGGAUGGAAUCUACUGAAAAAUGUGAAGUAGUUAUUCAGCAUUUUAAUGGAAAGUACCUGAAAACGCCCCCUGGUGUGCCGGCACCAACAGAACCACUGCUGUGCAAAUUUGCCGAUGGCGGGCAAAAGAAACGGCAGAAUCAAAGCAAGUACACACAGAAUGGGAGGCCGUGGCCAAGAGAAGGAGAGGCUGGCAUGGCCUUGACAUAUGACCCCACAGCUGCUAUACAGAAUGGAUUUUAUUCCUCACCGUACAGUAUUGCUACAAACCGCAUGAUUCCACAGACAUCUAUCACGCCAUUCAUUGCUGCUUCCCCUGUCUCCACAUAUCAGGUUCAGAGUACUUCAUGGAUGCCUCAUCCGUCAUAUGUUAUGCAACCAACAGGUGCUGUGUUAACACCGACAAUGGAUCACACAAUGUCCAUGCAGCCGGCAAGUAUGAUGGGCCCCCUGACACAACAGAUGAAUCACCUUUCCUUGGGCACAACAGGAACGUAUAUGACAGCUGCUGCACCUAUGCAAGGGACCUACAUUCCCCAGUACACUCCUGUGCCUCCAACAGCUGUCCCUCUUGAAGGUGUUGUUGCUGAUACCUCUCCGCAGACAGUAGCACCUCCAUCACAGGAAGCCAGUGGUCAACAGCAACAGAUGGCGGUGGAAACAUCCAGUGAACAUGCAACUGCAUAUUCCUACCAACAGUCAAAACAAUAAAUGGGACUUUAAAAAGUCGGUCUGAAAAGUUUGCCUUGAAUGGAGAAACUUCACUGAACAAGAAGUUGGCUUCCAGUUUGCACAGGCGUCAACAGAUUUCGUUCCCCUUCUUCAUUGUCUACCUUACCCCAAGAAAAACAAAACAGUGUUUCUAUGUGCUGUGCAAAUUGUUCGGUCAUGUAGUCUGAUAGUUUUAUUUUUGCUAUUUUUUUAAUUACAGAAAAAAAGCCUAUGGAGAAACACUGGGUUGAUAUUUCUUCUGAAUGAACAAUUGCAUUUCAGAAUUUAUUUGGAAGUGUAGAUAGAUUUGUUUUUGUUUCCCUGAAGCAGCAACAGAGGAUUGAUGAUGAUGUCAAGAGGGAGCAAGCUGAAAUGAAAACUAACGGUCUUCCUCGAGAACCCAUCUACUCUUCCCCCUCUUUUCAUUGAAAUCAAGUGUGUUUUUCAUUUAGAGUUCUUUUUUUACUUUUGUUUUUCCAGAAAGAAACGUUUAGGUAAGGUUUAUCUUGAAUCUUAAUUGCCUUAAUUUUAAAGACGUCAAAGGCUCUCAAGGCAAGCUGUCAACGUCUUGAUAGAAGAAAGGAGAAUGGAUUCAAACUUACGCCAGUAUCAACUGGUCCUGAAGUUCAACAGACUGAAUUUUUAAGGCGAACAACAGCAACAAAAUUAUAAACUGUACAGUUUAGCAGAAAAGGAUGCUUUUCUUCUUUUGAAGAAAAUCUGUUGAUUAAGGAACUGUGGCAACUUCAAGAAUUGGGGGAAAAUGAAGACUUUUAUGAACUUUCUUAGUGUUGACAGAGAAGAAUCUAGAAGGAUAAAGUGUUUUACAAUAAAAUUAUUGAAUGGGGUGGAGGAAUCAACUUGCAUUUUAAAGAAUGCAGUUUUUUUCUUGGCAGAAUGGAGAUUUUUUUAAUUUACAAAAUGUGAUCGCUGGCAAAAGCAUUAGUGCUUUUUAUCUGCAGUCUUUUUUAUGAGCUUUAAAAAACUGUUAGUCUGCUUUGCUUGUCACAUUGCAAACACCUAGCUUAAAAGCAUUUGGGGGGGGGGACUUAAGUAGAUAGGAGCUUAUGGUCAAAAAAAAGUGCAAAAAAAGCAAUAGCUAGAAGAAAUUGUUGACAAUUUCUGUAGUCUUUCCUAGUUGUGAUCAAAUGCAGCCUAUGGAUGGCCUAUUUUAUACCAAAGAUGAAAUGACACCCUACCACAGUUCAGAAGAUAGAGGGGUUUUUUCCUUGUUUCUUUCGUUUUUUAAAAAGAAAAUCUUUAUUUGACCUAUAUGGCCGGACCAGUUUUUAAUCUUUGUGUUUGUUUAAACUAUCUUCCACUGGUAUUUUACAUCUUAUGUACUUAGGCUUCUAAUGGAAAAUACUGAGUAGUUGGUACUCAACAGUGCUUAGCAGAAUUUCACAUCAUGAAGAAAGAUGUGGGUUGCUGGAUGUUGUAGCCAGACUUUGCUUAGGUUUUCUGCUACAUUGUCUCAUUUCUUUUGUAUUAGGACUACAGUCUUCCUUCUUCCUGAAAUCCCCAGUUUGUCCCCUCCUCUCUCCUUGUGUCAUCUUCCAGUGUUCAGAACCAACCAUCAUUGUUUUGCAUUUAGUUGGCAUAUUCUGGACAACUGAAAGAUGCCACUGACAGAUGAUCAAUGUUUUUAUUUUACCUUUCCUGUGUGAGAAGAAAGAUAAAAAUGGCUCCUGUCAGUUCUUUUGUGCAAGCAUGAAGUUAACAAUCGCUUUGUACUAACUGGCUUUCUGUUGUCUUAAUACAUUUGCUGACAAUCACAAAUUAAUUUGAUUAGGCAAAAGACAAUAGAGAGUAAAUUGAAUAAGUGCAAACCUAUUUUUGAAAGAGAAAAGAUUAUGUGGAAUCUUUAUAUGGAGGAGCUGAGAUAAAACAUUCCAUCUUCCAAAAAAAAGUGAUAGAUAUAGUGAUAAUUUGGCAAGAGAUUGGCGGUGGAGAAGGCACCUCCACAUUUUGCCAGCCCCCUCUGCUAAGUAGGUGGAAAUUUUUUUGAAGCAUGCCUUCUUUUAAUUUCCAACUUCCUGGUUCUCCACUAAUUUUCCCAGAUUGUGAUACAAUCCACUGGGAAUCUCUUCCAAGCAUGCACUAUUUAAUUGUAGGGGAGGUAAGUGUGAGGAUGAGCAUGGAACUUGGACAGGGCCCCUUGAACCUCUGCCCUAACAUUUGAACUGCUGUUGUUAGUGAAGGCUGUUAAGUUAUUUUUCUCGAUCAAGUACAGUGGUGCCCCGCUUGACUAUUACCUCGUUAGACGAGGAAAUUGCUUAAUGAUGAAG